AUGGAUAAAAAUGAGAGUGAAGAAGGAGAUUUAGAUAAUCAGUCCUCCAGCAGGCUGUCCAUCCGAGACAGGAGGCGACCCAAGGAACGUCGGAGAGGCACGGGCAUCAACUUCUGGACAAAGGAUGAUGAUGAGACUGAUGUCUCUGAAGAGGUGAAAGAGGCUUUGCAUGAAAGACUUUCUAGGUUGGAAUCAGGAAGUACCACCCCUACAAGCAGCGAUUCCUAUGACCGUGCUUCUGCACGGGCCCGCAGGGAGGCCCGUCUGGCCAGCCUGACCAGCCGGGUGGAAGAGGACAGCAACAGGGAUUACAAAAAACUCUACGAGAGUGCCCUAACGGAAAACCAAAAGCUGAAAACGAAACUGCAGGAGGCGCAGCUGGAGCUGGCAGAUGUGAAAUCAAAGCUCGAGAAGGCCCAGCAGAAACAAGAGAAGACGUCUGACCGCUCAGCAGUGCUGGAGAUGGAGAAACGGGAGAGGAGAGCCUUGGAGCGGAAAAUGUCUGAAAUGGAGGAGGAGAUGAAGAACCUCCACCAGCUAAAACAGAUUCAAACCUUGAAGCAGAUGAACGAACAACUGCAGGCCGAAAACAGGGCCCUGACCCGAGUGGUGGCCAGACUCUCAGAGUCCAUCGAGUCCUCGGAAAGCCAAGAGCUCUAG